CACACACACACACACUUCUGACCAGAACAAAUAUCCUAUGUAUCCAUUGCAGGGUUUCCAUUGAGGUCCGUAUAAAAACAGUAAUGUUGGCAUCCACACCAGGGUGGGGCCUUCAAGGCAAUAUAUAUUCAGCGGGCGCCGCGGUGAAGGCAGUCAACACCCAGCACCCACAGCCUGGACAGUGCCCACACUUGCAAGGAUGGGGAUGGUGCGAAGUGUGCUGCUGGCUGAGACCGUGCUGGUGUUGCUGGUGCUGCUGCCUCAGAGCAGGGCCCCCACAUAUGUCAGCAGCGCCAAUCAUCCAGCGUACCCGGGCCAGUGCUGUGUCGAGCAGAGCGGCACAGCUGUGGAGGAAGGUUGCACCUGGAACAUGCCCUACUGCGCACAAGCCGUCUGCGGCAGGCUUUCGGACAACGACAUGAUUAUCUCGUUUAUUUCGUGUGAGGUCACAGGCGUGAUGCCUGGCUGCAUCAUCGACCGGCAGAAGUCGAAGCCGUACCCGGACUGUUGCUGGAGGCAGUUCUGCCCAGUCUUCUGUCAUGGCCCGAAAUGUACUACAAGUAUAAUGGAAUUCUAACCCUGGAAUAAAUAAUGGCGUGAUAGAGGAAAAAACAAACAAACAUAAGGAAAAGGAAAGAGUAGACAUUUUGAAAGGAAGGUAAAGGUAAGUGAAAAAAGUAAUUAAAAAGGGAAAGGCUACAAAAAAGAGAGAGAUAAAGUGAAAGAAUGGAAUAAAUAAUAACUAAAAAGAGGGAAAACAAAGGAAAGGGGAGAAUGAAAAGCAAAAAAGAACGGUGGGAAAGGAAAGCGAAUACAUUUGAAAAAAAAAAAGGUGAAUGAAAGAAAGUAAUCAAAAGAACCCAAACACAAGAGGAAAUAGAAAAGUAUAUGUGAGGAGUUACAUAAAAGAAAACGGAUGGACGGAGAUCAGUCGGCAUUGUCAGUCGCUGCCACCCUUCACAUCAACUAAUUUCAAAGGCCAAAAAGGGAGAUUAACCAGGUUCUAACGAGUGUUCUUUUAGGCUCAUGGUACAGAAGAAGGGUCAAACUACCACCGGGGUCAUAAAACUACCCCUGAAAAUGCCCACAACUCAAAUAAAAGCCUUGUCAAAUAUGUUUACUGCCCCGCCGAAAUGUUAAAAGAUAUGACCCAAGAAGCCCUGGAGGGAAGAGAGGAUGCAAGGGAAGGGGAAACAAAAGGAAAGGUGAGGAAGCAGGUAAGCCCCUUUCAUUAGCUGUCAUUAAAGGAACUUAGUGUCUGUGUGUCUGUCUGUAUUACCUGAGCGAGGAAAGGGAGGAGGAGGGGAAGAAAGAGGAAGAGGAGGAAAAGCGACAGAAGGGUAAGGAAGGAAAUAUGAAAAUGAAGGUAUGAGGGAAUGAAAGAAUGAGAGGAAACAGGGAGAAAAUAACGGAAGGGAGAGGGAAAAGGAGGAGGAGAAGGAAGAGGAGGAAGAGGAGGAAAAGCGACAGAAGGGUAAAGCAGGAAAUAUGAAAAUGAAGGUAUGAGAGAAUGAAAGAAUGAGAGGAAACAGGAAAAAAAUAACAGAAUGGAGAGGGAAAAGGAGAAGGAGGAGAAGGAAGAGGAGGAAGAGGAGAAGAAGCGACAGAAGGGUAAGAAAAGAAAUAAUGGAAAACCAGAAAUGAAAGAAUGAAGGAAUAGGAGGAAGACGAAUGAGAGGAGAAGACAGGGAGAAAAUAACUUAGAGGGGAAGAGAAGAGACUGAGGAAAGGAAGGAGGAGAGGAAACUGAAUAACCGAGACAUGGGAGAAGGGUGAAGAAUGAAAACGAAGAGAGGAAAAAGGGGAAAAAGAAGAGGUUGAAUGAAGGGAAAAAGGGAAACAAGAAAAAAAGGGAAAGGAAGGGGAAGGAGAAGAGGGGAGGUGGAGUGAAUCAGACAGGAGAAAGAUGGAAGAGGAGGAGAUUG